AUGAGUUCCAACGGGAGAGUUGCACAACAGAUCCGUGAACUCCAAAGACAAAAACGCUUCAAUGGUGGUGUGCUUCCGAAAGAGUUGUUAGGAGGUGUGGAAAUUGCAGAAGAUGCAUUUGACUACACUGAUGUUCCUCGCCGAAUGGCUUUAAACCCAUCCAAGAAUUCCGAUUCAGAACAACGCACAGCUCAGAACUAUAACCACGAGUUUCUCAUCCAAGAAGCAGUGAAAGGUUUCAAUCUCAGCACAUCUGGUCAUGCUCUCAGGCAAGUAAAGAAGCUCCUUGAAGGUCCAGAAGACAGAGAUUUCAUCAUGGACGAGUUGAAUUUACUACCAGAUAACGAUUCAACGUACAAGAUGCACAUUGCUUCGAACGAGGAACUUUGUUGCCGUAUACGAACACACCAGUUGAGAAGGCAUGGCUGGAGAACUUUUAAAACUGCUAUGGCGGAUUUGAAUCUAGCCCGGGAAAAGUACGAGGUGUACAAGGUGAAGUUUGCCUAUGCACGGCGCAACCCGAAUGUUGGUGAUCCAUCUAGGGCUUUGAACCCAGAAGAGGCCGCGGAGUAUUCAUGGAUCAUGAAAAAACGGGAAUCCUGUGUUCUUGUCGCACUUGCAUCCAUUUUUGUCGGUAAUGCUGAAGCAAUAGACUCAAUUGUCCACUUCCCGGGGGUAAAAAACACCAAACAAUUAGACUUCUUGGUAUCAGCUAUUUCGCAAGGAAGAAUUGUAACUUGUGAGGUUGAGGAUGUUAUAGAGAGUAUUCACGACGUCGUUAUCCCAUGGACAUUCACUGACGGACAAUACCGCUUUCAGUUCAUAAAGUCCGAUAUUACUCAGCGAGAGAGCUAUUCAAAUAUGGGUUCUUACAUCCGUCCGAUGAAAUAG